AUGAUCUUGUACAGUACCAUGGGACAGACACAGCAAACAGAGAACAGUGAUGAGAUUGAUGUCAAAGCACUUCAGGAUAUGUAUAAAAAGUUUGUCAUGGAGUGCCCGAGUGGACUACUUUUUCUGCAUGAGUUCAAGCGUUUCUUUGGUGUGGACCCAACAGGAGAAGCGUCUGAAUAUGCGGAAAACAUGUUUCGAGCGUUUGACAGAAAUGGGGACAAUACGAUUGAUUUCCUCGAGUUUGUGGCAGCACUGAAUCUUGUUUUCCGAGGAGACUUGGAGCAUAAACUUCGCUGGUCAUUCAAGGUGUAUGACAAGGACAGCAAUGGCUAUGUGGACAGGGAUGAACUACGGUCAAUAAUUGAUAGCAUCUAUCGGAUUAAGAAAGGUUCAAAGACAGACUUGAGCGAUUCACAGCUUACAGUAGACGAGGCUGUGGAUCGACUCUUACAGGCCGUCGACAGUGAUGGAGAUGGUCAAAUUAACAUGGAAGAGUUCAUUAGAGGCGCACAGCAGGACCCCUGGGUGCUCAACAUGUUGAAGUUGGACAUGAACCCUGCCAGAUGGGUGCUGGAGCAGAGGAGAAAGAGCGCACACUUCUGA